AUGGGUCAGAAAGAAGACGAAAUGGUAGAACGGGUAUAUCUUCAUUCGCAUACACGAAAAGUUCUGGCGAAAUUCAAAGAAUCCGUUAAUCAAUUGUCGAAGGGAACAACUGGCCUAUCCGUUUGGCAAGCUUCUUGCGAUUUGGCAAACGUAUCAAGAAUUCUGCCGUUCGAAAAUUCGCGCAUUUUGGAGCUGGGUGCUGGUUGUGGGGUUUCUGGAAUUGCAAUUUCCUCAAUGUAUCCGAAUUCGACCGUUUUUCUAACGGAUUAUGAUGAAAAUGUGCUCAAUUUAUUGCAAGAAAAUGUGGAACUCAAUAAUUUGAAGAAUGCCCAUGUGAAGUCAAUCGAUUGGUGUAACUUCAAUGAAUCGGAUUGGAUGGGAACCGAACCAUUUGACUUUGUUAUAGCUGCCGAUGUUGUCUAUGACACAACUCUUUUGCCAGAUCUAUGUUGUGUGGUGAAAUGAAUGGCCUCAUCUCCAUCGACUCCGGUUAGCCGAACUGAAAUCGAGAAUACGUUCGCCGCAAUGUGUAGCGAUGAUAAGCCGCAAUUAGUGAAACUCGACCAGCUCAAGCUUGUUCUUCGUGCUCUUGGAUAUGAUCCAAGAAACUCGACAGUUCAGGAAAUCGCCAAACGAAUCAGGGAUGGAAGAUCGAAGUUGAUGGGAUGGCAUGGAGAAGAGGAUUUUAUGGAUGCCAACGAACUCUGGAAUGCACUUCAGAAGAGCGACAAGGAGCCUGAAGACAAAGUGACCGCUGAGAUGCGUUCGGCAUUCAAAUUGUUCGAUCAGGAAGGAAAAGGCUACAUCACUAUUGAGAAUCUCAAAAUGGUAGAAUCCGCUCGUUUUCGAUUCAUUUUUAAUAUCUCAUGUCAGGUGGCUCGUGAGCUCGGCGAGUCGAUGCUCGAUUCCGAACUUGACGAGAUGAUUCGUGAGGCCGCUGGAGGUUCAUCAACUACCGUCAAUGAGGAGCAGUUCUUCGAAAUUAUGAAGAAAACCUGCCUUUACUAA